AUGGGGAAGCGCAAGAAGAGCUCUCGUGCGCCCCAGGGCAAGAAGAGGGGCGACCCUCUCCCUACCGUCUUCACAUGCCUCUUUUGCAACCAUGAGAACUCUGUGACCGUCAAGAUCGACAAGAAAAUCGGUAUCGGCUCGCUGGAGUGCAAGGUCUGCGGACAGCGCUUCCAGUGCACCGUCAACUACCUGUCGGCCGCGGUGGACGUCUACGGUGAAUGGGUCGAUGCGGCAGAGGAGGUUGCGAAGGACGGGGGAAGUGCCACCGUGCGUGACUACGCCCAGGCGAGUCGCGACACGCGCAAGGACAGAGACACAGCCAACAACAGCGACGAUGGCCAUCAAUACAGCGGGGACGGAAUCGUGCCAGAUGACGAAUAUUAA